UACUGUCUUUUUGUGUUGUGCUCUAACAAGAAAAGCCUUGGCUCAUUAACAAAAGAAAAAACUGGAAGGGAUCAAAAGAUGGCUGAGCAGCACAACACUGUUGAAAUUCCUAGAGUGAAACUGGGAACUCAAGGACUUGAGGUUUCAAAGUUGGGGUUUGGUUGUGUGGGGCUUACUGGAGGUUACAAUGACCACGUCCCUGAAGAUGUUGGCAUAUCGAUUAUCAAGCACGCAUUCGAUCGAGGAAUCACUUUCUUUGAUACAUCAGAUAUCUAUGGACCCAAAACUAAUGAAAUUUUGAUUGGAAAGGCAUUGAAGCAAUUACCAAGAGAGAAGGUACAAUUAGCAACAAAGUUUGGUUUUGAAAAAAUUGAUCUAACCGGUAUCAUAAUAAACGGUACUCCCGAAUAUGUCCGUUCUGCAAUCAAGGCUAGCCUGAAGCGCCUGGAUGUGGAUUAUAUUGAUCUCUACUACCAGCACAGAGUUGACACCAAUACUCCUAUAGAGGAUACUAUGUCUGAACUAAAAAAGUUGGUGCAAGAGGGGAAAAUAAAGUACAUAGGCUUAUCUGAAGCUAGCCCUGAAACCAUAAAGAGAGCACACACGGUUCAUCCGAUAACUGCUUUGCAGAUGGAGUGGUCGCUGUGGACUCGUGAUAUCGAGGAACAAAUAGUCCCCCUUUGCAGGGACCUUGGAAUUGGGAUUGUUCCAUAUAGCCCUCUCGGUCGCGGUUUCUUUGGCGGCAAAGCAGUGGUGGAAACCUUGCCUGCAAAUAGUUUUCUGAAACGUUUACCAAGGUUUCAAGGAGAGAACUUGGACAAAAACAAGACCUUAUAUUUGAAAACCGAGAAGUUGGCUGAGAAGCAUGGAUGUACCCCUGCACAAUUAGCACUUGCUUGGGUUCUUCAUCAAGGGGACGAUGUAGCACCGAUUCCCGGUACAACCAAGAUCAAGAAUCUUGAUAGUAACGUUGAUUCACUAAAAGUAAAGCUCACCAAAAAAGAUUUGAAAGAAAUCUCCGAUGCGGUUCCGAUAAAUGAGGUGGCAGGUGAUCGUUUUUCAGAGGGCUUUAGUCGAUUAGCCUGGAAGGUCGGUAAUACACCACCAAAGGAGAGCAAGGUUUCAACUUGAAAUAGCCAUGGAUGC